GUUACCUGCCAGAACCGAGGAGCCUUUACCGCGAGGAUAUCAAAACAGCAAUGCGAUGAACACAAGGAUUACUUUGGAUCCGUGGUGGGAGCACUGAAGAUAAUACGAAGGAUCAGACCGCUGGCAUAGGUUACAUAUGGUACCAGGUGCGUGUGUGGAAUGUGUGCAGAAUGAGCAGCACAUUUGUUACAUUAGCUGAAGUACUGGAGGCACGAGGGGGGCCUCUGCUGGAGGAAGAGGUCUGGUCCCUGCUGCUGGGCACUGCAGAGUCUUUAGUGGAUGUCUCUUAUAAAGGUCAAAACAAUAUGUGCAAUAUCAUAAGCCCCACCUCUUUGCUGCUGUCAGCCACUGGUACCUUAGCGUUUAAGAACUGUGGCCUAUCAGAUGAGGUAUCCACCUUCGCUGCUCCAGAGAUGCUGCAGGGCCGUGCCAGCUCAACCAAACCUGCCACAGAGAGGAUGCUGGUGUAUUCACUGGGUAUGACUCUCUACUGGUCAGUUGAUUUUCACCUACCUCAAAAUCAGCCAGUCCAGUUGAGUGACCACCUAAACAGCCUCCUCCUCAGCAUGUGUGAGGACCUGGCCCACCGCAGGGUGAAUCUCAACUCCGUCCUGGAAGCCUGCGAAUAUCAGCACAAAGCCUCCAUCCUGCUGCCCCCCGCCAAAGUCAUCAGACAGCUGGUGGAGGAGGUUUUUCAUGAAUCAAUGGACCAUGGCUCUCUGCCAGACACCAAUGUCCCUCUGAGUGGCAGGAGCCAGAUGAUCAGAGAGAGACUUCACGGAAAGAGAGGGCCAUUUUCAGACUUCAGCGACGGAAGCGCCGAAGGGAGGAGAUACUCAACGGACUCUGAUUCCAAGUCAGGGAGUUUACCUCAAAGACCCUGGAGACAAAGACAGAGAAGCUCUCCCACACCGUUGUACCAAUCAUCUUUAGACAGACUCCCCCGCGGGGUUCGUCACAGGGACAGCACCUGCAGUUGUCUCGGGAGGAGCCCCCACCAUGACAUCUCUCCCAAGACAUCAGGCAGAUCUCACAGUCCUUCCAUCACAUUCAGCGAGUCCUCGCUCAGCCUGAGCCAGAGGAAAGCAAAGGCAUUGGGUCCAGAGUUCGUCAGAAUGCCAGAUGAACAACAAAUUCUUCUCGAGCUCCCAGGAUCCAUUGUGUCCAGAAAGGGCCGUUCAUGUUCGUCUCAGAGAGAGGUGACUGUGGUGCUGCCUAACGGACAGUGCGUGGUGGUCCGCUGUGACAUUAAGUCCAAAGCGAGAGAUGUGUUUGACAUGGUGGUGGCUCACGCAAACUUGGUGGAACACUUUUACUUUGGUCUUGCCUUUAUAGAUGAUGAUGAAUACUUCUUUUUGGAUCACGAAACAAAAAUCUCCAAAGUCGCGCCUGACAGCUGGAAAAAAGGGCAGAUAUCUUCCUUUUUGGUGUUUCUUCGAGUCAAAUUUUUUGUUGACGAUAUCUCCUUCAUUCUGCACAAACUGACUCGUCACCAGUACUAUUUACAGCUGCGUAAGGAUAUCUUGGAGGACAGGCUGUAUUGUAAUGAGGAGACGGGCUUGUUCCUGGCUGCUCUUGCUCUGCAGGCUGAGUUUGGUGACUACAUGCCAGAGUUGUAUGGUAAGAAUUAUUACCAGCCGGAGCAUUAUGUGUCCAAGAGGAUGCUGGAGAAGCUUGCCCUGCCCAGUGUCAAGGAAGAGCUGCCAAGACUACAUGCAAAUCAUUCCCAGAUGCUGCCAGAAGAGGCAGAAACAGAGUAUCUAAAGAUUGUCCAACAGCUCCCAGAGUAUGGCGUCAUGUUCCACCGUGUGGGGAGAGAGAAAAGGCCGGUGGUGGGAGAGUUGGUUUUGGGAGUCUGUGCCAAAGGAAUCAUCGUGUAUGAGAUGAAGAACCACCUCCGAGCUGUCACCAGACGCUUCCUCUGGAGGGAAACUGACUCCAUAUCCACAGGGCGACGUAAACUGAUUAUAGAGUGUGGCGGGCCCAGUGGGAAAAAGCACGGCUUUGUAACUGAGAGCUCCAAAAUAGCACAGUACCUCCUGAACCUCUGCUCAGCACAGCACAAGUUUCAUAGCGAGAUGACGUCAAGACAGCUUAACCACACAAUGAUACCAGAUGAGAACAUGGAGAAGUACAUGUCUGUCUACCGGGCUCGUAACCUGAACCUGAAGCGUAUUUCCUGCUCAGAGGGCAUGUUGAACCACGUCGGUCUGGCACCCGGUCAGCCGGACUCCAUGUCCAAGUCGUGCGACGACCUGACGGCCAAGCUGGAGGCUCGUCUCCGGCAGCAGAGAGAGCUGAGGAGGGAGAUGAGCAGAGAGCUGAACAAGGAGCUGCCUGAAACAGGAGACCUCAGGGAUGGGAAGGAGCAGCAGUGCUGGAGCACUCCAGAGCCAAUUCCCAGAAUGAUGUCCAGCGUCUCACUACAGAAGCAGGACUCUGACACUUCAUCCUCCAUACGAGUUGACACGCCGACUCGAACCCCACCAGAGAGAGAGAUAGUCUGCGUGAACCUGAAGAAAGAUCCCAAACUGGGCUUCGGCUUUGUAAUAGUAGGAGAGGACAAUACAGGUAAACUUGACCUUGGGAUCUUCAUUGCUUCCAUUGUUCCCGACGGGCCUGCGGACAAAGAUGGACGAAUCAAACCCGGUGGGCGUCUCAUCUCCUUAAACAAGACCAGUUUGGAAGGAGUGACAUUCAGCGACGCUGCUGCCAUCUUACAGAACAGCCCCGAUGAGGUGGAGCUCAUCGUGUCUCAGCCGAAACAUUCUUUGAAAGACAGAAAUAGUUCCUUGAGCCAAAGUACUCUCGGUUUGGCGUUGGAGAGGAGCUUCGGGUCCCAGACCACCCUGUCUGGCACAGAGUUCCGUCCCGCCGUGGAGGAACUGGAGGAGGCCAUCACGCUGUCCAGCAUGGCGACCCCGAAACAGAGCAGGAGGCUUCACAUUCCUGUUGUGCGAAUACAUGACACCCAGGACAUGUGUUCGAGGUCACCCUCCGUCUUAAGCCUCAGAUCGUCGGAGCGGUUCACGGUGGAGCUGAGGAAAAGCCACGGCAGCCUUGGCAUCAGUGUUGCUGGAGGAAUGAACACUAAUGUGCGACAUGGAGGAGUUUACAUCAAGAGCCUGGUGAUGGGAGGCGCUGCCGACGAGGACGGGCGCAUUCAAAUUGGUGACAGACUGCUGGAGGUUGACGGGUCCAACCUGAGGGGCGUGACUCACCAGCAAGCUGUUGAGUGCCUGAAGAGGACUGGGGAGGUGGUAAGCCUGCUGCUGGAAAGGGAGCCCACAGUAAUACUGGAGCCUAGGUUUGACUCACCCUGCCCUCCCCUGGUCUACAGUCCAUCACACAUCGCACCCCCCAGGACUGAAGUCUCCAUGGAAACAACCUUGAGUGGUCGAGCCAAGGACUACAGCUUUGUGACGGAUGAAAACACGCAUGAAGUGUUACUUAAGAAGAGUUUGUCUGGCCUCGGCUUCAGCUUCUACAUCUCACAGCUGCGCACUGGGCCAGACCGCGGCAGUGUGGUGCGCAUCAAGCGUCUGUUCCCAGGUCAGCCCGCGAUGGAAAGUGGCUUGCUGCGUGAGGGGGACAUCAUUUUGUCUGUCAACAAAGAGCGCGUCAAGGAUCUCUCUUACCAGAGGGUUUUGUUUCUGCUACGUGGUGCUCCAUCUGAAGUCCGUCUGUUGAUCUGCAGACCUGGUGCUGGAGUGCUGCAUGAUGUAGAUGAUAACACGCUGAGUCCUGCAUCCUCCCGGGAGGUUCGAUCCCGGUCUCUGGACAUCCGACUCGGCGAGGACUACACCAAGUUCCUUAAGGACGAGUAUGACGCCAAUGUGUCCAAACAGAAGCAGCCUCUCUCCCAGGACAAAGAUCUGAACAACAGACCAGAGAAAACCCCAGAACCUCCUGCAGCUCCGCCACUCCCAGAGAGCCAGGAAAGUCAGAAGCGUGAAGCGCAGGCCGACCAGACUCCUCCGUCUCCUCCUCGCUCACCCCCAACUUCCCCUGCGUCUCCUCCUUCGCCGGUCUCACCAGCCUCGCCCGCCUCACCAGCAUCGCCCACCUCACCCCUGCCUUCCCCUCCACCAGCGCCACAAGCAGCUGCUGAGAAACCAGGGGAGGGUAAGGAAGUAGAGACAAAAAGGAAGAGCAAGGGCGAGAGGGAGGAGAAGGGGGAGGCUGCAACGACAUCAAGCUCGACUGUGAUGCUUAUGGAUGUGUAUCCAAAGACUGCUACAAACUCUGUAUAUGCCAGUGGAUUCAGAGAGGAUGCAGAUGGCAGCGUGACCUACUGCCUCAUGGGAAAUGGACUGACAAUCGUAGCGGACGAGGAGUACCUGACCAUCAGCUCCACACUUGAGCCUGUGCACAGCCUUCCCACUGACAGCACCCCGGCGACCAACCUCGCUGCCUUCAGCUCGCAGACCUCCAACAUCUUUCAGAAUCCAAACCUCAGCUCUCUCGUCUCCACUGCCAGCGCCUCGUCCCUUGGCCUCUCAGCUGACACCCCGACCACUUGCUCCCUGGCGCACCCGUCUCAGCCACUCACAACGCAGCCGCCGAAAACCAAGCAUCACCUGAUCCAGGAGGGGCUCCUUCCGAGCCACUACAAAGCCAUGUCCAAGAACAGCCGGCCUUUGGUGCCCCCACCUCAGCCUCCUCCGCCGACCCCCAUCACGGCCCAGAUCCUCUCCUCCGUGUCUCCUCCGCCUGCCCUGACGCUGCCGAACACGGUGCUGCCGCCUCCUGCCCAGACACACACGCAGCCGAGAGCGGAACCAGAGAAGAGGGAAAGACAGUACGACGAUGAUUAUGAUGAAGACGAGGAUGAGGAGGAGGCAGAGAGUCGAAGAAAGGGGCUGGUUAAAGAGUUUGAGCUCACGGUGGUUCUGACCAAGUCCAGGAGCGGAAGCUUCGGGUUCACCAUCACCCGUAGCAAACUGGACAACUGCUACUACAUACAGGAAAUACUGGACAACCCGGCCAAGGCAGACGGGCGACUCCGAGCGGGAGACAGGCUCGUCACAGUAAAUGGGCAUGAUGUUACUAGUGUGGCAGAUGAUGUUGCCAUGACGAUUCUCAGGUCAUCUCCAAGAAGACUGAGCAUGACGCUGGGGAGGGCAGUCAGCAACCUGGUGGCUCCGCCUCCCUGUGACAGCCUGCCUGAUGUUGUUCUCUACAAAACUCCCUCUGGACAACUGGGCAUAAAGCUGACGGGUGGUAUUGGCAGCAAGUGGCAGGGCAUCUAUUGUCUGGCGGUGGUGCCAGGCUCCCCGGCCAGCGAGGAGGGCAGCGUGCAGCCCAAUGACAAGAUCCUCUACAUCUGUGGCAGGUGCACCCUUGGGAUGACUUUGGAGGAUGCGGUCAAAGCCUGCGAGAUCGCCCCUCGUAAAGUGAAGCUUAAAAUCCUCAGAGAAGACCAGCCAGUGACCCCCAAGGCCAAGUGGAACGGCCUGUUUGACUGGAAAAAGGACAGGAAGUUCUUUGCUCGGUUCGAAGAGCCAGUUUCCCCAGAGAAAGACUCUCCCACUGAAGAUGAAGCCGUGUGCAGGACUGCUGCGAAAUUCAGAUGUCUCUCCGUUGCCCAGGAACAGGAUAGUUGUGUCAUGCAAGUAGAGUUCACGAAACCAGACGGAGGAGGACUCGGCUUCGCUCUGAUUGGGGGAACAAACGGCAGCAUGCUACGGGUGAGGGAAAUCUGCUCCGGUGGAGUGGCCGAACAGGACGGCCGCUUGAGAGUGGGGGACAUUCUGUUGGAGGUGAACGGUGUGAUUGUGUCCGGGCUGAGCCACAGUAAGGUGGUGGAUAUCUUGCGUAAAGCAGAAGGCGCUGUUCAGCUCACCAUCUGCAGAGACAUCCUGACCUACUCCGAGUCACCCACGCCGCCAAACAUGUCCGCUCACACCGAAGCUAUUUUGGCCGAGCAGCCGGCUCCCGUGUCCAGCCCCGAUGGUUGUUCCUCACCUGACGUCCUGCUGAGCAGGCCGGUCGAGCGGCCUCCGGAGGCAACUUCAGACCCUGUGGUCAAUGACCCAGACAUUGUCCUAACGUCGCCACCUUCCCCGCCUCACCGCCUGUCCGUUGUAACAAUUGAGACUACAGUCAAAGAGGAGAGUUGUAACAGCACCCCUUCUCAUCAAGCUUGCUGCCCAUCCCUCAAUGUCACUGACAUGUUGCAUGGAGCUUCCGACAGGAAACAAAUUGUGACCAAGCUUUUGGACCAGUCCUGCAAAGACCGCCGGAAAACUCAGUCAGACGGCUGGAGCAGCGAAGAAGAUGACGACGUGUUCGACGCCACAAGUCAGGAAACGACCCCUCUCCAGACAGGCCCACCCAUAGUAUCAGAGGAGGAACUGGCCAGUCUAGCUCUCAUCACACCUGCUAAGGCCAGCCAGUAUUCAGGCUCCAGGGUUAAAGCUCUUAUCCAGAUUCUGCAACAUCAACUCGAUCAGCAGGAACUGGUCAAAGAGUUCAUGACUCUGGAGCAUCUGAAGCCCUCCGAUAACUGUCUGGUGGGAAAAGCCCCAGAGAACAGAGACAAGAACCGCUACAGAGAUAUCCUACCCUAUGACAAAACCCGUGUUGCCCUUGGAGAGAACCAGGACUACAUCAACGCCAGCUACAUCCGCAUGCAAGUAGGAGCUGAAGAGUUCUUCUACAUCUCCUGCCAGGGCCCUCUGCCCUCCACAGUCCAGGCCUUCUGGCAGAUGAUCUGGGAAAACAAAUCAGACCUCAUUUGCAUGAUGACCCAGGAAGUGGAACGGGGAAGGAUCAAGUGUCACAAAUAUUGGCCAGAGAAGCUGGACGUGCCUUUGGACAUUGGCAGGUACCAGCUUUACCUGGAGAACCAACAGUACCUCGAAUACUUCCACAUCAAGAUCAUCCGCAUGGUGGAGACAGAGACUAGCGAGACACACUUUGUUCAUCACCUGAAGUUCACACACUGGCCAGACCACGGCGUCCCGCAAUGCUCCGAGCAGCUGGUUCGCUUCAUUCGCUAUCUGAGGGCAGUUCACCACAGGGGUCCAGUCACUGUUCACUGCAGCGCUGGGAUCGGACGCACGGGAGUUCUCAUCUGCACUGACAUCAUCAUUAACCUCGUUGAGAAUGACUUGCCUAUUAACGUGAGCGACAUCGUAAAAGAGAUGAGACUUCAGCGACAUGGGAUGAUUCAGACCAAGGAACAGUACCUCUUCUGCUACAAAGUCUGGUUGGAAGUUUUGCAGGGGAUUUUACAGCUUCACGGCAACCAGUGGCAGCCAGAAAGUCCCAGGGACCACAAAGUGGUUUGAAUGUUUCCAUCUCCGGUUCACCUACCUGCGAAAGCACUGGCUGUCUAUGUUUGACCAUGUGCAGUCUAUCAACACCGGUUUUCCUUUGGCUGUUGUUAGUUUAGUUAGCUAUAAUAUGAAAUCUGUACAUCUCUGUUUUGCUACAACGACUUCAACUUUAAUUUAUUUGUCUGUGUAUGUGUUCUUGGUGCUGUGAUUUCUGUCAUUUUAACUUAGAUCACUGAGGUUGUUUUGCCUUUUCAGGUUUAGUGAUUUGCCUUCCAUCUCAAUCGUCUUUUUUUUAAAUUUGGUGUCACUAUUUGGUCUUAUUUUACUCCUUGUUCUCUAUGUUUUUUAAUUUGAAAGUUGAAUUUAUUUUUAACAGUCAUAUUGCAUGGAAUUCAAAAUCUGGUAUUAUUCAUAUUUCUUCUCUGGUAGCGACGUCAUCGAAGUGCACAAGUGUAAGAACAUCAUACCAAAGUUAGUAUCCGUUUGAAUCCUGGAUGAAUAGCUUUGUGAUUAAGCUUUGUGUUACCAUUUAAUUUAAGUGCAUUUGUACCCCGGAGAAAGGGGCAUUAGCAAAAGAACAUUAUUAGUUUUUCUGUUCAACAUCUAAGGGAAUGAAAAGAAUCAAGUGCCUUGGAAAGACACACUUGCUCCAUACUGACCCCAGGCCGCUUGUCACAAGCGGUCGGGGCCGGAGAUCAAGGAACUGAUUUGAGAGCACCUGACGGUGGUUAGAUUGAAUGUGCCGCUUUCAGUCUGUCUGUGAUCUGAGGUGAAUGUUUGGUUGAGCCAAACCAGAGGAGGAUUACAUCUCACCUUUUAGUUAGAUCAACUCUAAUGUGGAAAUAGUGUGAUGUUUGCACACCGCCUGUCAACCUUUUUUUGUUUGUGGGCUCAUUUUAUACAAAACACUGUCACAAGGAACGUUUUACUACGCAUAACCGCAUCUUAAUACAGACAAAGAAUGAUUCCACAUAACAAAUGCUUGGAUAAAUUCAUAAAUUUUCGAUUCAGUGUUUUACUGAAAUUUGGACACGGCGUCGUUUCAGUAUUUUCGUAAAAAUGCAAAACUGGUUUAAAUGUAAUUUAGAUAUUCUUUUCUGGGCUUUUGAUUUGUUCUGUGGCAACAUCCUCUAUCUGUAUUCCAUAGCUAAAUUUAUAUUUAAUAAAAACUCAGCCAAAAAUGCAAAAAAUAUGAUAAGGUUUACAAACUUUCCAUUUUGCCACUUUAGAAGUUGUGCAAAAGCGACAGAGCUACAUCUCCAAGUCACAGAUCAAAGAUGAUUUAUAGCUGCUGGUCUGAACCUCAACCUUUGGAUGUCACUGCUUGUAAGCUUUGUUCAUUUAGCUGCUAACAGACAAACACACACCAGCUCUCGUAUUGCAUGCAGACUCUUAAAGUACAGAAGUCUUAGCCUGGAGUUUGACUGAAUGACUUGAACAUGAUUAAAAUGUGGAAUGUAACAAAGCAAUACUCUCCGACGAGGAGAGGGGAUCAGAAUGUCAAUCUCUUACCCAGUAACAUCUUCCAAUCAGUUUGGAGCAUGUCGGUAAGAUAUAUGCAGUACUGUACCUUUGCCAUGUCGAUGGCUAUGCAGAGCCAUCAGCCUCUGUACUGUGUAUGCAACAUCUUUUCAAUCAGUGCUAGUCGGUUGGUUUCCAGCGAACGCUAACACACUGUUAUGUGCAAGUUCGCGUUCUCUUUGAGAUCCUGUUGAUAUGUUUUCUUCCUCAGAUCUUGAGAAAAACGAAAGAACAAUCAAAAGCACAUUUUGCAUUCAUCUGUGAAAAUGCAUCUUGUACAGUCAAGCAAGUGCUUAUGCAACAGCAUUGUGAAAUGUAAUAACCCUUAAUUGCACAGCUGCUUAUUUAUGCUGAAUUAAUAUCUUGUCACUGUACCAGCCACUAUAUAACCAAUAACUGAGAACAAUAUAAUACCUCUCUCUUUAAUUAAAACCUAUUCUGAAA